AUGAACGAGAAGCAUGUGCUCGAAUGCAAGAGCAUCUCGUUCAUGACGGCCAUCUCCAAUGGUACCUGGUAAGACAUCGCCUUUUAUCUACAGUAAUCUCAUUCAUUUUUCGAUUGCAGGUUCUCGAAGAUCUACAAGCCUCCGUCAGUAUUCCAAAUACUCAAAAGCGUCAGUUUCACAGCUGUUUCCGGAGAAGUUCAUGGGAUUGUGGGCGUGGCGGACUCGGGGAAAACGACUCUUCUGGAGGCACUGACCAGUGGAGCCGGAGGGGAUAUCGGAGGAAUUGCGAUGCUUGACAAGUUCAUGCUCACCCGUAAGUUCUCUCUUUUCUAUGUCUGUGCAAACUGGACCUUUCUUUUUCCAGAUCGCCGCUUCAACAAGUACUGCUCUCAUAUCAACUACCGCAGCCAGUACCCCUCCGCCCUUUCCGUCCGUAGUUUACUCUACUAUCAUGCUCGCCUCUGCCUCGCUUCCUCCCAUACCAGCCUUGAAAUCGAUCACAGGGUGAUACCGAUUCCUCUGUUUACUUAAUCACUAUUCUGUUCGUUUUUCUGUUCCAGAUCAGUGAACUAACAGCUCUUUUCGAUGUGAUCGGUUACGCGCACGACAAGUUGGAGGACCUCUCCGUAAGUGCUCAGAGACGGGUUAUGACAGUGCUCGAGUUGCUCAAAGAUCCCAGUGAGUGAAGGAAAAUUGAAAGUCGGCCGACAAUUUAUAGUUUAGUCCUUACCAUAAUCGACGACCCGACUGCUGAUCUUUCACCUCUAUCCGCCUACCAACUCGUGUAUGCUCUCCACUUUUACGCGGCCAAGUUCAACAGAAUCAUUAUUAUAACCCUUCGGAACGUUCGUUCCGAUCUCUCCCAUCUUCUCGGAUCCGCCACUUUCCUCUUCUACGGCGAAGUGGCCUACAGUGGUCCGAUGCGUUUGUUGCCGACUCAUUUCAAGAAAGCCGGAUACGAAUGUCCGACAAAUGAGAAUCCGGCUGCAUAUUAUCGUGAGAAUUGUGAUCGAGUUCGUGUUUUUCAAUAAUUUUUUUCAGUUUCACUUCUAACCAUUGACAAAGAGAGCAUGGAGAAGGUGAUGGAAACGCAGGAGACAGCCACGAAGUUAGUUACGUUUCGAGCUGUAAGUACAUACUUUCAAGUGUGUCCUAAGUUUGUUUUCGUUUCCAGGAGACUGAUUCUUCCUCAAACACUUCUGGAUCCACAAUAACAGGAACGGGAGUCCUUCUGGAAUCCAGGAGACACCGCCCGUCCACGUCCACAGCCUUCGCGAUCCUGUUCCGCCGGAUGUUCUCGCUCGUCGCCUCGACUCCUUCCGCCAGUCUGUCCGCUCUUAUUGCAAUUCCCGCAGUAGGAUGUGCUUUCUCAUUUCUCAGGUUUACAUUAUGAUUAUCAGUUGCUCCAAAUGAUGCUCAUCAUCUUUAAGAUCCAGCAGUCUUCCAUCGUCGUUGUUCUUCUGGAAACUGUCCAGUUUCCUAUUCCUCCUACUUCAAAUCGUGAUCAUUUUCCCAAGUUGUGAGUUGAACUGAGUAGUUCCGAAAACAAUCAAGUUUCAGAUUCGAAAACGCGUCUUCUCAGUGCGCUGGAAGUGAAUCUCUAUUCGCCAUCGCUCAGUUUGUUUGUUUUUUCGCUCUUCUUCUUUGCAUACAUCUCCCUCCAAUCAUUUGCAUUUACGGGAAUCUUAUUAUGGUCAGAAUGGCUUCUGAUAUCCGCCAAAUGCAGUUUUUAUUUAGGUCGUUCAACAUGAAUGAAAUGCUGGAAAUUAGUUUGAAUCUCCUGCUUCUCUCCGUUUUCUCUUUCUCAAUCUUCACAAUUAGUGCCAGAUAUCUGAAGGAUUGCUCUAAUAUUCUUAUUAUUCAGUCGAUUGUGCUUUUGCUGUUCUUUGUGACCGGAAAUGGACUCACAAGGUAUCCUUUGUCCGUCUCGAGUAUAUAUUGUCUUUUUUCCAGAACGUCUUCCACUUCAUCAGCUCUGUACUACACCGGAACGGCCAAUCCGUUCACCUACUCCUCCUUCCUCAUCUCGCAAACGCUGUCCAACUCGACGGACGAAGAUGACUGCACUUUCCCGAGUUUCAUGUGCAAAUUGGCGAUGAAUCUUCACUCGGACCUCUAUCCUCCUUCGUAUUCUCCCAAUGAUUCCAUCACUAAUUUCGCAAUCCUUUCUUGUUUAUCUCUCACUUUUUACAUAAUUUCCCUGCUCAUUCAUAUCAUUGAACCUUCGGUUCAACUGCAAAAACACAUAAAGUCGAAAUAAAAUGAAUGAGAAAUGAAACAAAUUCGAGUUUGAUCCCUUCCGUUCGAAAAGUGAGCACAGCACGAGGGAGGGCCAUGUGCUCGCAGUCCCAGUUGUCCGGAGCAACGCGUCCGUCCAUUGUUUGUUUGCAGACUCUUCUGUCGCUCUCUAACUUCCUUACCCUCCGUUAUUCUACUAUGUCAUGUGAGUACUAUUUAUAGUUUUGAUAUUAGCAACAUCCAAAAAUUGUAGUCAAUGAUGGCGACUUCAACGAGAUCUCGUACGUGGAACUUAACAAGCGACGGCGCGGCGACGGUGCUCGACACGAGGGCGACAAAUUGGUGAAUCGAAUGAAUCGGCCCAAGGUCAAGAAGAUUUACGUCAAGAGAAACGGAGAGGAUAUUUACGAGAAGUGAGUGAGAAACUUUUGUGGGUCAGAACACGAUCAUCAAGUGGAAAGAAAAGUGUACUUAGAAGGCAAAAGUGAACGGACGGAAACGGGGGAUUGAUUCAAAACGUUACAGACCGAAACUGUUUGUGUGGAGACAGUGGCAGAGCCCGCGGUUAGAUCAGUUGCUGGAGGACAUCGGUCCGUACGUGGGAAUGGACGACGGAGCAUCUGCCAUUUAUACUUUGUGAGCAUUACUCAGAAAAGCACACGAGACUCGGACAGUUUCAGAGAAGGAGAAGAGAUCACGGACCCAGACGAGAUCACGGACCUCGGAACUUAUUAUGUCGCCGGAGAUGAAUCACUCAUGCUGUGAGACUUCUGGCAGUUUCUGCCCCGUUUUGAGCUUUCCCCAUUUCAGACCCGAAACCGCCAAUCCUCGUCGUUCCAGUGACCCAGAUGUGGCCUAUUCUCGAAUGGAGAACAACCAAUCUCGGUACACUUCGCUUUCGGCUCCAGAAUUCUACACGUCCAAUUCAGUUCGAUCAACUUAUCCUGCAAACAGUAAAUGAAAUCAACCGUUGGCCAAAGGCUCUUAUGCUUCUUUUUUCAGUCGCCGUGCCUCCAACGCCUCCUCCGCGUCCAUACACUGCAGUUCAGACAACUAAGACAAGGAAGACAAAAACGCGCGACGUUGACAUGUCACAGUACGAUUCUUAUUACGAUGACGCGUUGCAAGACGCUAAAAGUAAGAGCAUCUCAGCAGACAGAAUGCAACCGAGGUUAACUACAGACAGAAGAGAUGCCAAUGAGCCGAAGAACUUUGAUACGACAAUGGAUUUCUUCGAAGGGAACCCUCAUUCCAGUGAAUUCGAUAAUGAAGAGACGAUCAGAAAGGACAAAGCGGCACUGGAGAAACAUCGGCAGUCAGCAGUUUUGCUUUUUCCAAAGUAGCUAUUGUUUUUCAGGAAGCAGGCUCAGCGUUCCAGAAGAUUGAGCACAAUGAUCUUCAACCGAAGGGACCAAACCCAUCCGGACGUCUAUCUCAUCUAGUGAGUCGUCGUAACCCCCCGUUGUCUUCUCUUUGCCCCACAAUCUCAUCCUCCACCCGAAUUACAUCAUCUCGUGCAAAACGCAAUACGUUCGAUUACAGUGUAUUCCUGAACGGACAGGGAAUGGAGUGCCAGUUUAUGAACUUUCAAAGGAAGCAACUCGAGAAGGGAAUGAACUACGUGCUCGAACUGAUCGCCAGAAGAUAUAGUGUCAAUCCGGGCAAGUUGGUGGAUAUGGACGGGCGAAAAGUGGGCGAAGUGACCCAACUCAUGUCGAGAGGAGCCUACGUGCUCGUGCCGGUUGGACAGUCAUUCAGAGACACUUGGUACUUCCUCCCGGAUAAUGCUAUCGAUACCAGGUGAACACAUUCUUGAACUACUCUGACACACUUUUGUUUUCAGUUCGAACAAAGUGAUGAUUGAGGAACGGAGUGCUCAGAGGGACCGACUUCUUCAACGGCGUCUAAAGAAAGACCAAAAGACCAAGAAAACGGCGGGAAGAAGCAAAUCAGUCGGAGCGGCGACGUCUGCGCCCAAAAUAGAAUUCAGUGGUCGAAACAAUCGACGAUGA